AUGAAUGGGACGGAAGGUAUCAAUUUUUACGUGCCUAUGUCCAACAAGACAGGGGUGGUGCGAAGCCCCUUCGAGUACCCCCAGUAUUACCUAGCCGAGCCCUGGAAAUACCGCCUUGUGUGCUGCUACAUCUUCUUCCUCAUCUCCACCGGUUUGCCCAUCAACCUCCUCACCCUCCUGGUCACCUUCAAACACAAGAAGCUCCGGCAGCCGCUCAACUACAUCCUGGUCAACCUGGCGGUGGCUGACCUCUUCAUGGCAUGUUUUGGCUUCACGGUCACCUUCUACACGGCCUGGAAUGGAUACUUCGUCUUCGGCCCCGUUGGCUGUGCCGUGGAGGGUUUCUUCGCCACGCUGGGAGGCCAGGUUGCCCUGUGGUCCCUGGUGGUCCUGGCCAUCGAACGCUACAUCGUCGUCUGCAAGCCCAUGGGAAACUUCCGCUUCUCCGCGACCCACGCCAUGAUGGGCAUCGCUUUUACCUGGAUAAUGGCCUUCUCCUGUGCCGCACCGCCCCUCUUCGGCUGGUCCAGAUACAUGCCCGAGGGGAUGCAGUGCUCCUGCGGCCCCGACUACUACACCCACAACCCCGACUACCACAAUGAGUCCUACGUCCUCUACAUGUUCAUCAUCCACUUCAUCAUCCCAGUCGUGGUCAUUUUCUUCUCCUACGGGCGCCUCAUUUGCAAAGUCCGAGAGGUAACAGCCGGGGUGGGGGGUACACAGAGGGGUGAAGGGGCACUGGGUGGGCAGCACGGGCAGGAGAGGGGAGGUGAUGCCGAGGAGGGGGAAAACUGGGGGCUGCCCCUCACCGCACCCCACCCGCAGGCAGCCGCGCAGCAGCAGGAGUCAGCCACCACGCAGAAGGCAGAGAAGGAGGUGACGCGGAUGGUGAUCCUGAUGGUGCUGGGCUUCAUGCUGGCCUGGACGCCCUACGCCGUGGUGGCGUUCUGGAUCUUCACCAACAAGGGAGCGGACUUCACCGCCACGCUCAUGUCAGUGCCUGCCUUCUUCUCCAAGAGCUCCUCCCUCUACAACCCCAUCAUCUACGUCCUCAUGAACAAGCAGUUCCGUAACUGCAUGAUCACCACAAUCUGCUGCGGCAAGAACCCCUUUGGGGACGAAGAUGUUUCCUCUGCCGUAUCCCAGAGCAAGACCGAGGUCUCCUCCGUCUCCUCCAGCCAAGUUUCACCUGCAUAGGCCAUGGACAGUUUGAACUGGGGUGACCACCGAGCUCGGGGACCAAGACAGACACCCUCGCACCCACAACCUGAUCCCAUGCAGUCACUCCCUUGCACGCCAGCAGCCCCCUCCUGCCAAGCUGUGUGCUCCUGCCUGGCAAAGCAGCCAUGCACACACUGCCACAGCUUCCCCUUGUCCCCAUGGGUACCAACUUGGCACGCUGAGCCCUUCCACGCUGCUGCAGUCCAGCACCAGGGCACCCCCAGGUGCAAACAGAAUCCUGCCCCCUGCAAAC